AUGGAAACGAAAGUUGAAAAUGAUAAACAAACAGUUUAAAUUUAAUUUUAUCCUUUAUAUUCUGCUUAAAUACCUUUAGAAUCAUUUUGCUUUGUUUGUUAUUUAUUUUAGCUCGGCGUAAAGCUUAGAUCGCUUUUGGAAGGCGUUUACCUUGCCCUCGUAACACAUUGACAUUCUAUGACCAUCAAUUCUGAAUUCACUUCAUGAGUUUAUGACCUUAUGAAAUUUAUAUAGUUUAAUCUGACGAAUCUAAAUUCUUCAUGGAGCAUGAAUAGGCAGAAGGCAACUCUAAAGAUUACGAAUUUAUGCUGCCUUCUCAACCUGAGACAACCAUUAUUGAUAAUCCUGAAAGAAGCAGAAAAUUAUUUAGUUGAAAAAUGACAGCUGAUGUAGAUGACUUAGCCUUAGCGAAGGAAUUAACUCGAGAAUUGAACCUAUCUAAUACAAAUCAACAGACUAAUUGGGCCCAUGAAGCUUUAGCUCAGGUUCAAGUCCGACUCUUCAAAAAUCACACAGAUGAUGUGAAAUCAUGUCAGUUUUUUAAAAAUAAUAAUUUAUUGACUUCAUCAAGUGAUAAAAGUGUAAAGAUCUGGAGUUUUGAUUCUGGACAAGUUAUACAGUCGUUUGAUGAUGUUCAUAAUGGAGCAGUAAAUGAAGCCAGACUCCCUGAUGUUGAUCAAACACGAUUUGUUAGUUGUGGUUGGGAUAAGAAAGUAAGACUAACUGAUAUUCAAACUCAACAGGAACUUUGGAAUGGAGCUCAUGAAGGCGUAAUAACUUGUUGUAAAUUUUCUCACGAUGGAACUCUGGUGGCAUCAGGAUCGGACAUGGAUAAUACUCUGAAAGUCUGGAAUGCUAGGACUGGAGAAAUUGUCUUUAACUUGAAAGAUCACCAUACAAGUACUAUAACAAGUGUACUAUUUUCACCAGAAGAUGAUAAAAUUAUAACAACAUCUAUGGAUAGAACGACUAAAUUCUUUGAUUUAAAAUCAGCCACUACUACACUUAGAUUGGAGGGACAUAUAAAUGUGGUAUCAGAUUGCUCUAUGUCUGGUGGAGAGAGAAAGUUUGCUACCACGUCCUGGGAUAAAUCAGUCCAUAUCUGGGAUAUAGCUACUGGUAUGUAUAGAUCUAAUGGACCAGAAACAUUAAAAGGAAGCCACGAGGGCUCUGUCAGUUGUUGUGAUUUUACAGAAGAUGGUUUAAUGCUAGCCACUGGUUCCUAUGACAACAGUAUUGUAAUAUGGGAUGCUGAUAAUUGUGUCCAGAAAAUCAGACUCCAGGGCCAUACAGGCUGGGUAAAUGAUGUAGUUAUCAGCAGUGAUCAGAAAUGGUUGUUAUCCUGCUCCAAUGAUACUUCAGUAAGAGUAUGGAAUAUUGAGGAUACAGAUAAAAUACCUGUGGUUUUAGAGAAUAGAAAAUCAAUUGGACUCAAAGUUAUAAAGUGUUCUAAAUGUGGUAAGCCAUUUUCGAUGGCUCAAUCAGAUACGUUUGGUGAUGUUACAGUCUGUGUUUUCUGUCGUGUGGUAAACCCCAGUCAAUCCUGGCUUUCUGUACAGGAGCCUGAAGUUUAAAUUUGAUAAAGCUCAAUGUUUUCUGUGGACUUUUAUAGCUAUGUCAACUAUAAUGUUGAGAUGAAGAAAAUUAUAGCUUUUUAAACAAUGUAAUAGCUCACUGACUGUGCAGUAUGGAUUGUGGAUGCUUUUCCCCACAACAUCCUGUUUCUAAUGUGCAUAGCUGUUAUAUUUCGGACACUAACAACCUGGAUUCUGGCUUCAUAUUUUGAACAUGGUGAUGGAAAAUGGUUUCCCCUACUUACUGAAGUAUCUUUCAGCAUUUUAAACAUUCCGUCCACCAACUUAUAUUCUUUGUAUUCCAUUUUAAACAAAGGCUUGUUAAAUUAUUGUACAAGAAUUCUUUAUUUAUUGUUGAAAAAUUCAGCAUUACAUACACUCCGUCCCUUAUUAACAUUUUAUUUAUUUUUUUUUAUAUUUCCAUUGUCGCCAUUGAAAUUUUUGUGAAAAAUUUGAUGUUGAAUAUCUGUGAUAGAAAGUUAUUAAAAUUUUAAAUUGCAAA